CCUACCGGGUUGCGGAAGUCCCGCGGCAGGAGGUCUAAAGCGGUGCUUCCCCGCCCCCCUUCGGCGUUUUGGGUUUUUGUUUUUUUUUUUUCUCUUGGAGCCUCCUUGGUUUAAAAGGCAGAGAACGUCUGGAAAGGGGUCGCUACUCCUGCCCUCAUUCCUCCGAGUUCGCGAUUCCGCAGUCCGCCAUGGACCGCGUGUGUGCAGUUUUCGGAGGCUCCAGGGGCAUUGGGAGGGCAGUGGCCCAGGUGAUGGCCCAGAAAGGCUACCGGCUGGCCGUCAUCGCCAGAAAUCUGGAAGGGGCCAGGGCCGCCGCCGGAGCGCUCGGCGGAGAUCAUUUGGCAUUUAGCUGUGAUGUUGCCAAAGAACGCGAUGUUCAAAAUACAUUUGAAGAAAUGGAGAAAAAUUUAGGUCGAGUUAAUUUCUUGGUAAAUGCUGCUGGAAUUAACAGGGACAGCCUUUUAGUAAGAACAAAAACUGAAGAUAUGAUAUCUCAGCUUCAUACUAACCUCUUGGGUUCCAUGUUGACUUGUAAAGCUGCCUUGAAGACUAUGAUUCAGCAGCAGAGAGGGUCUAUUGUUAAUGUAGGAAGUAUUAUUGGUUUAAAAGGCAAUUCUGGCCAAUCUGUGUACAGUGCAAGUAAAGGAGGACUAGUUGGAUUUUCACGUGCUCUUGCUAAAGAAGUAGCAAGAAAGAAAAUUAGAGUGAAUGUAGUUGCACCAGGAUUUGUUCACACAGAUAUGACGAAAGACUUGAAGGAAGAACAUUUAAAGAAAAAUAUCCCUCUUGGGAGGUUUGGAGAACCUAUUGAUGUGGCACAUGCGGUUGUGUUUCUUUUAGAGUCACCAUAUAUUACAGGGCACGUUCUAGUAGUGGAUGGGGGAUUACAACUCGUGAUGUAAUUUACAGAUUAGUUAGUUAUAAUAUUGAUUACAAUCAAGGGCACACUUUGGCUAUUGAUUUGACAGUCAUAAUUAUUAAUUUGCUAAUUAAACCUGUUGAUGCUACAAACAUUGAUUUCCAUCUUAUAAAGAUGAGUAUAUUUGAAAAGA